AUGAAAAGCAGUGAGGGAAUUCAAAUAGAGUACAUUGCCAUCUUCAUUGCAAUUCUGUUUCCUGGUGCUCUGGUUGCCUUCAAUUAUGAAUUGUUGCAGACUUUGCCUCAUUUGACUGCCCUCCGGGUGUAUUCUGCUGGCAUUUGGCACAAUGCAGUUUGUGCGAUAAGACUCAUAAAAUACCCUAAGCUAAAGCCCCCAACACUCAGAGUCAUUCCCAUUGGGGGCACAUGCUUAGAAUAUGAGGAAAAAGAGAAGGAUGUGGAAGGGAAAGAGAAAGGGAGGGUCCGCAGGAUGCUGUGGGGGAAAACCUUUCUUGUUUCAUUCGAGCUUGUCUUUGAGAGUGUGCCUAAUAGUAAUCUCGAUUUUAACUACCUUGGAACUGAUCAAAGGACUGGCUCCCAGUUGAAUCAGUUGGCCCGACUAGCCUGCAGUGGUCAUAGUCCCAUGGUUUUGGAUGUACCCCCAGCGUCACCUUUGUCUGGUUAUUUAGCUCCCGGUGAUGUUAUUCUGUCGGUAGAUAAUGUAACCAUCAGAAAUGCACAAGAAUGGUUGAAGCUUAAUACGUUGACAUAUAACGUUAAGCUUAGUAAUGUAAAUCUUUCUCAGCGCUCUGGAGACAUGGAGAUUGUCAAUAAAAUGAAGGGUUACUGCAUCCCUAGUUUUAUGAUGGAAGAGAGCAAAAUUACCGAAUUGCUGGGAACACAACAUGUUUGCCCUGGUGAACGUACUGCCUUUGUAAAGUUAGACUCUGCUAAUGUUACACUUCAUGAUGGUCAGAAAGAAACUAAUCUUUUGAACAAGGGAUGGAGUAUGUACUGCUUAAAUGCUAAAGAUGUUGUCAAACGCAAUAGGUGUGGUGAUGACAGAGGACUAGCUACAUUAGAGGGAGGUGGCUCUACGUGCCCUCAGGAUGAAUUUUGUUUAGCUCCAGUUCAGGAGCCUGGGUUGGUAUGGGUUGAGAUUGCAUAUUCAAGUCCUUCUCCCGAAUGUUUGUCACAUGAACAAAACAGAUUUCCAUUUUCUGAAACUUCCGGUAUUAAGGAAACUAAUUGUGGUGGGACUUUUAUUUUUGCUGGUGAGGUCAUCUCUAUGGCACAUUCAAUUCAGCUAACAUCAUAUCAGCCUCGUUGGGGACCACAAAUUGUUGCAUAUUUUCCAAAUAUACUGGAAAGGAUUUUAAUAUGGACAUUUCAUACCUCUCUAGCGCUGGCUCUUCUCAAUGGUUUGCCUGUCUAUUUUCUGGAUGGUGAAUCUAUUUUAGAUGCAACUUUAUCCCACUUUACUUCGCUAAGCGCUAGGAAGAGGAAGAAGGUUCUUAGACUAUGCCUUCUUGGUGGGUCACUUCUUUCUAUUAUUGUCUCUUUCCGGGAACUGCUUUAG